GUUGACCCUGCUCUGACUGACAUGCCUCAGGCUGUCCAUGAUGGCGCGCAACAACCGCGCAAUAGAGCUUCUGGGCGAGCUACGGCUACCAGAGACUGGAAACGGGCUAGAACCCAUGAUAUACUGUCUGACUCAGACGAGGAGGGGGAUGAGGGGUCAGACGCCCCGUACUCUGACCCGCACGAGGACGAGCUCUCAGAGG